AAACAUGAUGCUUGUAAAUCCUUUUGCCUCUUGCAACACCCCCUCUGCUGUCUUUUAUAAAAUGGGCCCUUACACUUGGAUUUUUAAAGAAGAAGCAGACUAAGUUUUGCAGAACUCUCAACAUGAGCCAUUGUAUCAAGUCAAGCCAUUCUACAGCUGGUUCCAUCAAGGGGACCGGCCAUAGGAUCACCAGCCAUAUCUCAACUCUCCACCACAAGGUGCAUCAUGGAGAUUCACAUAAAAUCUCCCAACAUGGAUCAUCCCAUGGAUCUCAUCAUGGAGGAUUUCAUAAAGUACAUCAUGGAAGCUCCAGCCUAUCCCAUCAUGGUGGUCAUUACAGGACCCCAAGUGUCCAUGGAGGAUGUGGAGGAAAAGGAAUCUCUAUUUCCAAACAUACUUCUUUAGGUCAUGGGUAUGGAUUUGGAGGUGUCCAGGGUCACAACAGUCACUUUGGUGGUUUUGGAGGCCACAGCGUUUGGAAGGGUGAUGGUCUCUUCAAUGUCAAUGAGAAAGAAACCAUGAAACAUCUAAAUGAUCGACUGGCUUCCUACCUUGAGAAGGUUCGAUCUUUAGAACAAGAAAAUGCCCAACUUGAGAGGAAUAUAAGAGAGUGGUAUGAGAGGAACCAACCCAGCAGUCUUCCUGAUUUCAGCAGCUACUUUAGAACUAUCCAGGACCUUCAAAGCCAGAUAUCUUCUGCCACUAUGGAAAACGCAAGAAUUGUGCUUCAAAUCGACAAUGCUAGACUGGCUGCUGAUGACUUCAAGAAUAAAUAUGAGAUGGAGCUUAGACUUAGAAACAACGUUGAGUCUGAUGUUAAUGGCUUGCGUCGUGUCCUAGAAGAGCUAAGUCGGGAGGUAUGUGACUUGGAGAGUCAAGUCCAAAACCUUCAAGAGGAACUUCUACAGAUGAAGAGGAGCCAUGAGGAGGAAGUAAACUCUCUGCGUGCUCAGUUGGGAGCCAGAGUCAAUGUGGAAUUGGAUGCAGCCCCAUCAAUGGAUCUGAACAGAGUAUUGUCUGAGAUCCGUGAGCAAUAUGAGAACCUCAUGGAAAGGAACAUGAGAGAAGUUGAGAGCAUGUUCCUCCAAAGGAGCGAAGAGUUGAACCGUCAGAUGGCAUCUGGUUCUGAACAAUUGCAAUCUGUCCAAACUGAGGUCAUUGAACUAAGACGCAGCGUCCAGACUCUUGAGAUUGAACUACAAAGCCAACUAAGCAUGAAAUCAGCUUUGGAAGGAACAUUGGCCGAGACAGAGGCCACUUUUGGCUCCCAACUUGCCCAGUUGCAAUGUCUGAUCAACAACGUUGAGUCUGAGUUGUCACAGAUCCGUGGAGACCUAGAACGCCAGAACCAUGAAUAUAAGAUCCUAAUGGACCAGAAAACACAUCUGGAAAUGGAGAUUGCCACAUACAAGCGCCUGAUUGAUGGUCACGACAUCCAUGUUUCUGGGGACCACCUUUCAAGCACCAAACAGGUGUCCCACCAUUCUGUGAAGAUCAUCCACAGUCCCGAACACGUCCACCACACCAAAUGUUAAUUGUCCGGAGGACAUCUUCUACUACUAAGCCACGGAUUCCCGACAUGAUAAAUGCUUAUGAUAUGAUAUUGACAUGCUCAUUGUGGAAAUCUUUG